AUGAUAGAGACAAUUUACAUCGUUCGGCACGCAUUUCGCUCCAACUGGGAUGUCAAUCCUCAGACAGGCGUCUAUACAGCGAGCACACGGACCCCGACUGGUAUCCCAACUGACCCAGCGCUUGCGGCUCAUGGCGUAGAACAGGCUGCGGAACUUGCCGACCACCUUUGUGCGAUUGAGCCACCGGUUGAUAGGAUCUAUUCAAGCCCGUUUUAUCGGUGUUUACAGACACUGAAACCGACAACCGAACGACUAUUCAAGGAGGGCAGGGGAGGCCGCAAGAUCAGGAUAGAUCGCGGUGUUGGCGAGUUCUUCGGCCGCGCGGACUUUGAGCAUCCAAAUCCACCGAGCCUUGAAAUACUGAACAAGCAUUUCCAAGACCUGGAUCAAGACUACGUCUCUAUACACAUCCCGGGCGCUAAUGGAGAGUGGCUCAAGGAGCUUCAUCAGCGCGUCACCAAGGCUCUCACGAGAAUUGUCACUGACCUCGAUGAUGACCCCGAGCAGCCUAACACGCUGUUGAUCUGCACGCAUGCAGCCACAAUGAUUGCCGCCGGUCGCGCUCUGACCGGGAAGAUACCGGCCGACCUCAACGAGGACGACUUCCAGUGUUACACUGCCUCGUUGUCGAAGUAUGUGCGGAGGAGCUUUGAGCCUGAGAAGGGCGUGGCUGGGAACUGGGACUGCGUAAUCAACUCCGAGACUAGCUAUCUUUCAGGUGGCGCGGAAAGAGGAUG